UUGGAAUAUUCAACCCUAUCAUCCUCUACGAUCUAACAUUAUUACCUCUCCGAAAGAACAAUGAUUCGAUCGGCGAGCAACGUUCGGCAUUACCCGUUCCCCGACAUCCCCGAUGCAUUCAUUUCCGCGGUGACAUAACAAAACGCCAAAGAACGCGGCCGUCCAGGCAACCAAUUUAAAGUGUCUCUGUUCUACGAACUCGUAUACGUAGCUGCCUACGCCACUGUGUGCCGCGCCAGAGUCGCUCUGUUCUCUCGCGCAGACGGUUCUCUGGAGCAACGGCGUGCGGCAAAGUAGUCGCUGUGCUCGAGACAAGGAGGGACGAGGCAUGGGCGAGGGACAGACAAGGAGGCGCGGUAUCGAGUUUCGUGUCGGGGCGGGGCUUGUCGUUCCACCGUGAACGCGGGAAGGGGUGCCGAUGGGCGGGGCUUCGCGGAACCGUGUCCGCCCCACCUUGUGACACCGUUGUUUUCACGGUUCCACCGCGAUGCGGCGCUGCCUAUGGCUGGAACCAGUUGUAGCUGUGCCGGUUCCCUCACUCCGCAUCGCGGCUUCGACACGGUAAACGGGCCUGUAUUUACCGUGGCGCAUCGUGCUCGCGCGUACCUCGUUUUCUGGCGUCGUUCUUCCCGACGUGUCGUCGUCGUCGUCGUCGUCGUGCUCGUCAUCGUGCUCGUCAUCGUCGUAUCUCGGUCCACACGGAGGCACAUGCGCCAUGAAACGGGUCUGACGCGCGUCCUUUUCGUCCCGUCGAGAAAAGAAGCACGAGCUCGAGAUCGAUCCUCGCGCUGUCGAUGCUCCAAAGACACCAGGACACACGGUGGUAAUAUUCGAGUGCAGGUGCGCGGACUAGCUGGGUGUUGCCUCUUCGUUCGUCCUAGUGCUUUGUGAUCUCACGAUGGAGCCAGGGUUGAAGAAGGAUCGUUCCAGGACUCGCCCCGACUCGCCGCGUCGAUGAACCUGUCCCCUUCUUGCUCAGUGAUUGUGUAACAGUGAGGGGUGUAACUUUCAUACUGGGAUAACGUGACUGUACCGCGUUUUCGAUCGUCAAGACGUAAGCUGUUGGCCCCAGGAGCGAUACAUUUCCACCGAGAUGUGCCCGUGAGGGCGUGCUUACUUACCCUCUCAACCGGACCACGUAAUAACAAUCGCAGCUCUCCUGUCCGAGAUCCGUACACCUCAGAAAUACACGAUAUUGUACCGAUACCGUAAUCGAGCAUUACGAGUGGUAAGAAAGGAAAACUGGAAGAAAGAGUGGCGGAGUUGGCAGUGACGUUGUUGAGUGUUGAAAAGUUGUCGAACCGAGGAAAGAACGAGAGGGUGAACCGAGCUGGUGGUGGAGGAAGAAGAAGAAGAGGAGGCAGAAGAAGGGAACUUGCGCAGCGGACGCCAUCUCCGCGUUAUCGGCAAGCGGAUCCCCCGGGACUCCCCCCCAAGCAGCUUCGGCGUCGCGCACCCUCGGCGGGAACUACCCCGUGACAGCAGCCACCCUGAUGGGAGUGUAUGAGGAGCGCGCCCCUCCUACCACCGGCAUGCACUGGCAGCCGGCCAGCUCGCAGGAGCGUGGCAGCGGCUUGGCUGUGGGGCGUCAAGGGGGGCCCGGCAGUGCGGGGGGGCCCGGAGCAGUGGACCAGGCGAGGGACCUAAGUCCCUGCCUCCCUGCGUCUAUGGGCGACGCUGCACGACCUACCACCUUGCCGUGCAGUCCUCCUGCCGCCCACCAUCACGGGCCCCAUCAUACACCCCUACAUCAGACCCACUGCGGAACCAACAAUAAUUGCUACGACGGACCCACUACCCCCUACGACUCUAGAGACUACGAUUCCCCUGGAGGUGGGCAAGAGUACAGGAACAGCAGCAACUUCGAGAACCCAAGCGACCUGAGCAUGCCCCCUCAAACGACCCACCACCACCAUCACCACCAUCACUCGCAUCUGCACCCGCAGACUCACUCGCAGGAGCAGCAGACCACCGAACACUUGCACGCUAUCCCAAAACUGGAGCCGCCGCCCACCCCACCCGCGCAGUCCGACGAUGUGCCGGGGGUGGUUUGCGCCGGAUGCGGCCUCCGGAUAUCCGACAGGUUUUACCUUCAGGCGGUGGACAGGCGGUGGCACGCGGCCUGCCUUCAGUGCUCCCACUGCCGUCAGGGCCUCGACGGCGAAGUCACCUGUUUCAGCAGGGACGGAAACAUUUACUGCAAGAAGGACUAUUAUCGGAUGUUCGGCAGCAUGAAGCGAUGCGCCCGCUGCCACGCGGCGAUCCUCGCCUCGGAGCUGGUGAUGCGGGCCAGAGACCUGGUGUUCCACGUGCGUUGCUUCUCGUGCGCCGCUUGCGCGGUCCCACUGACCAAGGGCGAUCACUUCGGGAUGAGGGACGGCGCGGUGCUCUGCCGGUUGCACUACGAGAUGGGCGCCGAGCUCCACCCCUCCCAGAGCCCUCCCGUCCCGGUUUAUCCCCCCGGCCCUCACUACCCCGGCCAACCGUUCCCCUCGCCCGAAUUCCUCCACCAUCACCACCACCACCCACCGCACCCGCACCACUCCAUGCACCCGCAACAUCCCCACAGCCACGUGAGCCCGGUACCGCUCCAGCCGUCGACGCCGUCCGUCCCGGACGCGGGCUCACCACCCAAGGUACCCUACUUCAAUGGUGCCGCUGUCGUCCCGCCGCCUAGACAAAAGGGCAGGCCCAGGAAGAGGAAACCUAAGGAUCUCGAAGCUAUGACCGCCAAUAUAGAUUUGAACGCGGACUACAUAGAUAUGCCCUUCGGUAGGGGGGGGCCGGCUACUCCCGGCAUACCUGGUUCCAACAGCCGAACAAAAAGGAUGAGAACGAGUUUUAAACACCACCAGUUGAGGACGAUGAAGAGUUACUUCGCGAUCAAUCACAAUCCGGACGCCAAGGAUCUGAAGCAACUCUCGCAGAAAACUGGCUUGCCAAAAAGGGUGCUGCAGGUCUGGUUCCAGAACGCCCGCGCAAAAUGGCGGCGCAUGGUGUUGAAGCAAGAGGGGAAGUCGGACAAGUGCGACGGGAGCGUGGACAGCGGUUCCCUUGGCGACCUUGAGCUUUAUGGGAACAGCACCGGAAGCGGCGGACCUCCGAUGAGCCCUCCAUUCAUGCUCGGCGGCCCGCACAGCCCCGCGUCCUUGGCGUCCUUGGACUGCGCGUGAUCCCCGAAAUUCCGUUUCCGGGACAGGCCGAUCGAACGAUUCGCGAUCCAUCCUUCGGUGCCCUCCUCGUGGACGAGAACUCGAGGCCACGAUGACACGCAUGGAAACGAGGUACGACCGCGCGAGUACACGGCUGUCCACGACGGUGCACGAGACGACGUUGUGAAUAAUUUAUUCGUCGAAGUAACCGGUGUUUAGAGAGGGAGAGAGAGAGAGAGAGAAAAGAGGAGACAAUCGAAGGCGAAGAUAUUCGAGGCGAUUUUCUCCGCGGCUUGUUCUAACGUUGAGAUUGAUUGAUCAUCUCAACAUCGGAUAAAAUAUUUGUAAAGAGAGAGAGAGAGAGAGAGAGAGAGAGGUGAAAAGGCCGAACAUAACGUUUCUUCUUCUUCUUAAGAAUGUUUUGCGGAUCGAGCGGUAUUCGAUCCAGGAAAUGGAGGAAAAUGGACGCGGCGUACCACAGCGAAGGAUCGAUUAGCCGAUUAGAAAGCGUUGUAUUUAUUGUAAGACGGGGCGAGGACAGUUUGAUCUAGAACAAGUUUUCCGAUUCUGAUCGAAUCGUCCACGCACGAUUUAUACGUCAGAUGCAGAAAUCAUAGUCGCUCUGAAAGUAUACACUUCGAUGGAGGAACGCCUCGAAAUCGAUGUAGACUCAACUCGAAAGCGUUUGUAAUUAGUUUAUCGAUGUCUAUUUAUUAUAAGCGUAUUUUGAGGUAAGCCUAGUUAAGGGUUACGAACUUUACCUGUGCUGUGUGAAAAUCCAACGUUUCCGUCACGAUAGUGUACAGAGGACGGGGAGAGCGUAAUAUACUUGCGUCUAUUAUUGCGAUUCGAAUGAUGAAUCAAUGAAUUGUAUCGUGUCGUUCUCGUCGUUACGCGAAUUAUCGUUGAGAUGAAAUUUUGUCGAUCGAGGAUCGAUACGAGAUUCGAUUCGCGUUAUUAUCGACGACGAAUUAUCACGCUCACGGCGUGGCGUCGAAGCACGAGAGAAGUCAUCGAGAUUGUUUAUUACAAAAAAAAAAAAAAAAGAGAGCUUCGCACGAAACGUUGGGUUUUAACGUCGAGUAAAUACGAGUAUAUAGUAUAUAAAUAUAAAUAUAUAUAUAGUAUUUAUAAAUAAAUUCGGGCGCGCGAAGCUUGAUUGACAAACGAGUGUGCGAGUGUUACAAUAAUAAUUAUUGCUCAAGAAAAGAUAAAGGGGAUAGAAGGAAAAUGAAUUUGAACGAAGAAGAAGAAGCAAGUUAAGAGCGGAUUGCAGCUCGCGCCCGAUCCGCGAAUCCUUGGCGGAUAAAAAAAGUUUCACGUAAUUGUUGUAAAUAAAGGACGUUCCUCGAGUUUCUUAAGGCACCGCUAUAGGUUGUAGGGAUUCUAAUUGCAUUCGGUAGCGGUUCUGUGUUAGGCAAGGUAAUAAUGAUGACGACGAUUAUUAUUAUUAUCACUCCUAUUAUUAUCAUUGUAACGAAUGGAACGAUUGUCUAAUUUUACAAGAUGAUUUUUUCAUUGAAUAUAUUUUGACAAUAUA